GUAACCGUUGGACCGCCAUUUUGGCUCUUCCGGUUGGUUCGCUUGAGUGGGGCUUUGUUAGCGGACACAGAGCCGAUAUGGAGGAGCUUCAUAAAGAGGCGGUUCAGGUGUAAAAAGACACCGCUCACUGUCACGUGAGGUUUGUUUACUUCCGCCCACAACUCAACUGCACGUGCUGUGAAAGUGUGAACUACAGGCCAUGGCUGCUCCUGACUCCAUUAAGCCCUUCAGCCCAGAGGAGACUCAGAGGAUUCUUCAUCAUCUUCAGCAGCCCGCAGUCUUCAUGAACAUGACGUGCGGCUGGCCCGGUCUCCGCUGGACUGCAGAGCAUCUGUCUGAAUGCCUCGGUGACAAGCCGGUCCGAUUCAGACUUGGGAGAAAAGACGACGAGACAAAGACCCCUCUGUUUGAAACUCAGUGUUCCUAUGUGGAGGCCAGACUGAAGCACUUUCUUGCCUGGACCCGGGGCCAGACUGGGACAGACGUAGGGCCCUUCUGUGGAUACCCCAUAUCAGAGUACUGGGCUUAUGCUGACUACAAAUACAUCGCCAUGUUGUUUCAAGAUCAGCCUUCCAUGUUUGAGGAUAUAAAGUGGUCUGAGUUUGGUUUUGAGGGGCGCAAUGGGAGAGAGAGCACCUUAUGGAUCGGGACAGAGGGGGCCAACACACCAUGCCACCUGGACUCUUAUGGAUGUAACCUGGUGCUGCAGGUACAAGGACGAAAGCGCUGGCACCUCUUUCCUCCAGAGGACUCUGCUCACCUGUACCCCACCAGGAUCCCGUAUGAGGAAUCCAGUAUCUUCAGCCAGGUGGAUGUUCUCCAUCCAGACCUGAGGAAGUUCCAUGCUUUUCAGAGAGCCAGGGCGCACGUUGUUACUCUGCAGCCGGGGCAGGUGCUUUAUGUUCCAAGACAUUGGUGGCAUUACGUGGAGUCUGUGGAUCCCAUCACUGUCAGCGUCAACUCCUGGAUUGAGCUGGAUGUGGAUCACAUCGCCAGAGUGAGUGAAGCUGUGACCAAGACUGUGGUCUGCGCUCUGAAAAGCACGCCAAGUGAUGACAACACUGAUGACUGGCUCAACCCCACUGAGGAAGGAGUAGGGACCCAUACCGAGAACAUGCAGUUUGUAAACCUGGCGCUGAGAGCUUCAGCUCAAACACAGAGGACCCUCCGCCUCAGCAAACACAACCCGGACUCAAGAGACACAUGCCCAGUCAAGAGGGACUCCAGAGGACAAAUCAGGACACACUGUGAUGGAGAAGGAGAACCUGAGCCCUUCAGGGUUCCCUUUGGACCACAUCUGAUCCCUGUACACUGUCAGCAAGAACACUCCCCAGAAACAAGAGGGGUGAACUUUGAACCACCAAGGAACUGUGAUGUGAAAUCUCAAGAGGGCGGCGUCACCGACAGUUCAAAGGAAUUACAGAAAACAGAGCUUACAUCUGCUGACAGCUCGGAUACAACCGAGAGCAGACAAUGUGACGGUGCAGAUGUGAAGACACCAGCAGACACAGUAUUAACCACUAAUGACCUGUUAGACUGCCUGGUGCAUCCUGAUGUCAUUGCAGUAGUCACUAAGCUCUUACUGGACAGGCACACAGGAAGUUACAGGACGGCUACAUCAUCCUCACUAUAAGAUCCACCAGCUCCAACAUCAUUGGUCUUUGUGGUGAGAGACAGCUGUGAAAACAAACAAAGAAAUCGUCCCUCUAAUCUCCUGCUAAUGCAUUGUUGUUGGUAGAAAGGAGAGGAGGAAAGAUUAACACCUCUUUUCUUUCACCCCUCAUCUGUAACGCUCCUCCUGAGAUCGGCCUGUGUGAAGCCACAACUAAAACUAAUCGCUAUGUGACGAGCGAUGCCAUCAAUUGCUUCCUUGUUUUGUUGUCCUGCACAGACUGACUAAUCCAGUUUGGUUCUUCCAGACCAAGAAAUAUGCUCCACUAAAUCAAUUUGGUAUGCUAAUAAAGCACAUAAUCCAGGGAACUAUUCCUGAGAUUUGAA